AUGGCAACAGACGUUUCUUCUGGCAUCGGAUUCGUCCGCUUCUGGGCUGCCGCACCAGCCUUAGAUGUUGUGGCUCUUUGCCGGAGCCACAGUGACCAAAAUAAGUUAGCAGGCGCUGCUACAGACGGCAAGAAUACACUCCACACGAAUACCCAUGAUGGUUCAAAGGAAAGAGCCGGCGAUGCCACGGAAGAUCUCAGGCAACCGCAAGAACAAGACGUGCAAGAAAAUGGGAAAACCCUCAAUAUUCUUUUGCUCGGCCUUGGAGACAUCCACCACAUUCUGUUCACUGCAUCUCGUCUGUGGAAGGAAACAAACAGAGGCUAUCGAAUUCAUUUCUUCGUCCACGAAGAGGCACCGGAGGUACUGGCAAGACACCUGCUGUUGCUGGACGUUGUCAAUGACACGGCAAUGUCUCUGAGAGAAAAGACAGAAACGUUCAUCGACCUUUAUGCAAACUCGCGCCUGCUUCCAAAGACCGUUGCCUACAUACACGAACGUCAGACAUUGCUAACGGACUUUGUCUGCGAGGAACAGCCGCACCCGCUAGAUGCCUUGGUGGACCUCUCGCACCUGAAACAUCGCCAGCGAGACGAGAUACAAGAAGUAAUGACAGCCUGGCAUCCGGCUGUGCAGUUCGAUGUGGACGCGCUACGGGAGCAGAGACUGAGGCAUUGUUACGGGCAGAGAUUCGACUAUAAAGUCAACCUAAUGGACUGGAAUUACCAGAUGAACCUGUCGCCUAUGGUCCCCAUCCUCCACUGGCGGCAGUACAAGCGCUUUGCGCUCACAGGCGUGACGUUCGAAACGCGCCUUGCCGAUCACACAGAUCCGAACAGAACGCUUUCUUCCUACACAAAAGCAACCGAUACGAAGAGAGGACAGAACGUGAAAGUGCGAGGUUUCUGGGGAGACAUCGUCAAUGGCCCUUUCUAUGCCUACGGAGCCGAGACACGGCAACGUUACAGAGACCGGCUCUUCCGCAAGGUCGGCGACAGUCAGCGCUAUAACUCUCAUGACAUCAUGACAUUCAAUCUCUCAUCGAUUCUUUACAGUCUCGAAGAAAUGCGCGUGAGUCUCCGAAGGGCGAAAGCCAAGUUCGGCUGUUGGAUGCAGACACAGUUUCGUCGUGCUACAACCCGUGAACAGAGCUAA